GAAGGCCAUGGAAGCCAGGGCCAAAAAACCUUUAAAAAAAAAAUUUGAACAUCGAGAGAAAAUCUUUGCUUGCCGAAACAUACAAUAAAAUAGAUAUUAGAAGUACAUACAAAUAAUAAUUUAUAGACCAAUACAAUGAAUAUUCCUUUCCCAGUUUUAACUCCACGUCUAAUAGAUUCAAAGUGGUUUAACGCAGAUAGCCCAUGCGACGAAGAAUCAGAAUUAACAGCUUUAGAACAAGCCAAUCAACACUGGCUGAGCUCAAUCGGUCAGCAAUAUAUGAAAAGAGCACCACUUGGAAAGUCUGACCCUGAGCCAAUGGAAGAAGAGGCAGACACUGAUGAAGAAGAAGGGAAUGAUGAAUCUGAUGAAUCUGAAGAGACUCACGAUGAAGAUGAAGAAGAAGAACUUCGUACAUCAUAUUCACCUGCCAGAAAUAAUAAUGAACUAGAACCUGACAGCUUAGAUGACUUAAAUGAUGCUCCUGAAUUAAACACAUCUGAUCAAAGUACUUUAUAUUGAUUUUAUUGUAAAUUUAAUUGAAUUUUAAAAGGAUAUUAUUUACCACACCUGGGUAUGGACUAACUUCAUGACCCCCAGCUCCUAGCAUUAAAGCUCCACUAUUAGUGAAGGACAUGC